AUGAGCCAACAAGCCACUCCAUCAUCCAACAAGAGCAACACAAAAAAGAAGACCGAGUUGGAGAAGGUAGUCUUUAAGAAUGAUACUCCAAUCGGAGAGAAGAAAGACAUACGCGCAAUCGAAAUGCCUGCUCAAUACCACCCAGAGUUCGUAGAAAUGGCUUGGUAUGAUUGGUGGAAUAAACAAGGAUAUUUCAAAGCUGAUGAGAAGGAUACAACAAGAGAAAAAUUUACUAUUGCUCUUCCUCCUCCAAACGUAACAGGAUCACUCCAUAUUGGACACGCUCUCACUGUAGCUAUCCAAGAUGCUAUUGUUAGAUAUCAUAGAAUGACCGGCAAGAAUGUCUUGUACAUUCCUGGUGUUGAUCAUGCCGGUAUUUCUACGCAAGUAGUAGUCGAGAAGAAAUUAAUGAACCAAAACCCACCAGUUUCAAGACAUGACCUCGGAAGAGAAAAAUUUGUAGAAGAGGUUUUCAAAUGGAAGGACGAGUAUGGUCAACGUAUUUUGACACAACUCAAAAGAAUUGGUGCUUCUUUGGAUUGGACCCGAGAGUGCUUCACAAUGGAUGAAAAGUUGAGUGCUGCUGUCAAGGAAGCUUUCAUCCGAAUGUACGAGAAGGGAGUCAUUUACCGAAAGAAUAGAUUGGUAAACUGGAGUUGUGUUUUAAAAUCAGCCAUCAGUAAUAUUGAAGUAGACAGCGAAGAGAUAGAAGGUGUCAAACGUUUCGUACCUGGGCAUUCAGAAACAAAGAAGUAUGAAUUUGGUAAAUUGUGGUCAUUCGCUUACAAAUUUGAAGACCCAGAAUUUGCCAAUGAUGAAAUUGUCAUUGCAACAACUCGUCCAGAAACAAUGCUAGGAGACGUAGCUGUUGCUGUACAUCCUGAUGAUCCAAGAUAUAAGAAAUUCCAUGGUAAAACAUUGGUACACCCAUUCCUUGAUAGAAAAUUGAAGGUUAUUACAGAUGCAACUUUGGUUGACAUGAAUUUUGGUACCGGUGCUGUUAAGAUUACUCCUGCUCAUGAUGGUAAUGACUUUGAGUGUGGCUUGAGACACGGAUUGGAAAUGAUUUGUGUCUUUACGGACGACGGUAAAAUUAAUGAAAAUGGUGGUCAAUUCCAAGGCAUGAUGAGAUUUGAUGCUCGUUAUGCUAUCAUCGAAGAGCUGAAAAAGAGGCAAUUAUACAGAGAAGAAAAACCUAACAAGCUUGUUCUCAAAACCUGUUCGCGUUCAAAAGAUAUUAUUGAACCAAUGCUUAAACCACAAUGGUAUGUCAAGAUGGAUGAUUUAGCAAGACAAGCUUGUGAAGCAGUGGAAAGAGGUGAAUUGAAGCUCGUUCCAGAAAGAGAAAAAACAACUUGGUUCCACUUUUUGGGCGCAGCAAACGUUCAAGAUUGGUGCAUUUCCAGACAGUUAUGGUGGGGUCACAGAAUUCCUGCUUAUCUUGUUAAAAUUCAAGGAAAGGAAGAGUUAACACAAGACGGUGACGAAAAAUGGUGGAUUGUAGCUGGAUCUGAAGAGGAAGCCAAAAAGAAGGCCUACGAAAAAUUCAAAGAUUUGGUAUCCUCAGAGUCUGAGCUUAUUUUGCAACAAGACGAAGACGUAUUAGAUACAUGGUUUUCUUCUGGUCUAUUCCCAUUCUCUCCAUUAGGUUGGCCAAAUACCGAAUCAGAUGACUACAAGACCUUCUUCCCAACUCAAAUGCUUGAGACUGGACUUGACAUUUUGUUCUUCUGGGUAUCUAAGAUGGUCAUGAUGAGUUUGUGUCUAACUGGACAACUUCCAUUCACCGAAGUUUUGCUUCACGCUAUGGUUAGAGAUAAAGAUAACAGAAAGAUGUCAAAGAGCUUGGGCAACGUAAUUGACCCUAUUGACGUUAUUCAUGGAAUUACUCUUGAAGAAAUGUUUGAAAAGUUAAAGACAGGUAACUUACCAAAGAGAGAAGUUGAAAAAGCUAGUGAGGGUCAAAGGAAGCAAUUCCCAGAAGGAAUUCCAGAAUGUGGUACUGACGCUCUCAGAUUUACAUUGUUGAAUUAUACCGCUCAAGGACGUGAUAUUGCUUUAGACAUUAUGCGUGUGUUUGGUUAUCGUACCUUCUGCAACAAGAUGUGGCAAACCACUAAAUUUGCUUUGAUGAACUGGUCUGACUUCAAAUCUGAUGGUAUUGAUAAUUAUCCACGUGAUCUUAGCAAUUUAACUAUGAAUGACAAAUGGAUUCUUAGUAGAUUGAACAAGACAAUUAUUGCUUGUAAUGCAUCAUUUGAAAAAGGAAAUUAUGAUUUUAUGUCUUACACCCAAUCAUGCUAUGAUUUUUGGUUGAAGGAUUUGUGUGAUCAAUACCUGGAAAUGAUUAAGAAUGAUAUCAAGUCUGAAGAUUUGAACAGAAAAAGAACUACUCAAUUGGUAUUGUACACAUGUAUCGAACAAUGUUUGAGAUUGUUGCAUCCAGCCAUGCCAUUUAUUACUGAGGAGCUUUGGCAAAGACUUCCAGGCCAUUCUUCUUUCCCAGCUAACAGAGAAUCCAUUAUGAUUUGCCCAUAUCCUCAACCAGUAUCAUCAUGGAGCAAUGACGCUAUUGAAACAGACAUGCAAUUUGUAUUAGAUGUUGUUCACCACAUUAGAUCUUUGAAGGGAGCAUACAAGUUGACAUCUAAACAAACACCUGAGGUUUAUAUCAUUUGUUCUUCACCAACUCAUGCCAACCUUUUAAAGAGCGUAAAAGGUUAUAUUGAAAUGUUGGCUAUUUGUGGAAGUCUUGUUUUUGAUUUGAAGGUUGAAGAAAUACCAUCGGGUUGUGGUGUUGAAGUUGUAAAUGAAUUUUGCGAAGUUCACAUGAUGCUUAAGGGACUUAUUGACAUUGACCAAGAGGUUAAGAAGCAAGAAAAGAAUAAGGAGAAGCUUCAAAAGGUCCGUGACGCUUUGUUUGAGAGAACUCAAACUGAGAAGUACAAGACAAACACACCUCAAGAAGUCAAAGAUAACGACCAAAUCAAACUUGAAAGUUAUAACUCUGAAUUACUCAAGAUUGAUGAAACAAUUGAACGUCUCAAGAAGAUGUAA